UAUAUAUAUUAAUCAAUUGAUAUAUAUUUAAGCCUCUUCCUUCUUCUUUAACAUCCGCCGUUGUUCUCCAAGCUCUCAUCAAUGGCGGAUCUAAUUCUAAGCCCUCUUCUGCAGAUCGUAAUAGACAAAUUGGCUCUCCCCUUCCUCGACAAGUUCGGCCAUCUCUACAACCUCAACGACAACAUCAGAAAAUUACAGCACUCAUUGCCCGAAAUUCAAGCCGUCCUUGAAGAUGCACAAAAGCAACAAGAAUCACAGAAAGGCAUCGCCCUAUGGCUAACCAAGCUCCAGAAUAUGGCUUACGAAUCCGAGGACUUAUUGGAUGAGCUCCACGUCGAGAUAACUCUGCACCACCGCACCACCGGCCACCACCCGGCGGCGGCCGCCGGCGGAUUUUUCUUUCCCUUCAAGCUUUCCGAUCACCUCUCCGAUCUCGCCUCCGAGCUCCAACUCAAGCUGAAAGAAUUGGACCGUGUUGCAGUCGAGGGUUUCAGCUUCAAUCUCCAGCAAGCGGCGGCGCAAAGGCCGCCGGAUAGUUUGUGUUUGCCGCGUAGAAGUAAAGAGACGAUGCCGAGAGUCGAUAAAUCGAAAGCUUACGGUAGAGACGACGAUAAGCUCAGUGUAGUAAGCUUCCUAUUGCCUGAUAAAAAGGGGAAAUCCGCCACCGGCGGUGUGCCGGUGAUUUCGAUCGUCGGCCUCGCCGGAAUCGGAAAAACAACAUUGGCUAGCCUCGUGUACAACGACGAUGUUAUAAGCCAACACUUCGACUCGAAGAUUUGGAUUCAUGUGUCCGAGAAUUUCGAGGUCCACCAAAUGAUGAUCCACAUACUCAGGUCUUGUGGGGUGAGGAAUCCCGACAUCGGUGAAUUGUCGAUGUCUCUCCUCCAAUCUCAACUACAAAACUCGUUAACCGGCAAGAGAUUCCUACUUGUCCUGGACGAUGUAUGGAACGAGGAUCACGAAAAAUGGGAGACGUUUAGCGAGUUGCUUGGCGACGGCGCCGAAGGUAGUCGAGUCGUGGUGACGACAAGAAGCGCGAAAGUUGCUGCAUUAACCGGAACCAAAAUAUACCAACUGCAAGGACUCAGCGACGACGAUUGUUGGCGGCUGUUCAAACAGAGGGCGUUCAGACAUCGAGAAGAGCGCGAAGCUCGGGAGCUUGUCCCGAUCGGGAAAGCGAUCAUCAGCAAGUGUGGGGGAGUUCCAUUGGCAGCCAAGACUCUAGGAGGUCUGCUGAUGUCAAAGAAUCGAGAAUACUGGAUGUCCGUCGAAGACAGCGAGCUAUGGCGUCUUAAGGAAUGCCAGAGCACCGUGCUUCCGGCGCUGAAAUUGAGUUAUUCGUCGCUGCAGCCGCACCUGAAGCGCUGCUUCGCGUUCUGUGCUUUAUUCCCGAAAAAUCACGAGAUUUGUCGCGAAAAGAUGAUAUACAUUUGGAUGGCGCAUGGCUUAAUUUUGGCGGAUGGAGGGAGAGAGCCAGAGGAUAUUGCCGGCGACUAUUUCGACGACUUGCUAAGCCUUUCCUUCUUCCAACAAGUUCACGACGGCACUCCGACGCUGUACAAAAUGCACGAUCUUCUUCACGAUCUUGCGAGGAUGAUCGGGGGCAAUGAUUUCGCGAUUCUCGGCCAAAAUUCUGCUCCUAGCUGCGGCCUCGGAAGUAUUCACCACUUGUCGAUAGCACGCAAUGUAGUCGCGCCAUCGUCUCUCCCCGACGAGCUCUUCGAAGCGACUCAUCUGAGGACACUGCUCUACAUGUUUCCGGAUUAUAACUCCGACGACUCUACGUCGUUCUUGCCACUGAACUUCGUGUACUUACGCGUUCUAGAUUACAGUGGCUGCGGUGUAAAGAGCUUGGAUGAGUCGAUCCGAGCUUUGAUCUGCUUACAGUAUUUAGACUUGUCGAGCAACCCAAUCCAACGGCUUCCGCGGUCCGUCUGCAGCCUCCGUAAGCUGCAGACUCUCAACCUGUCGGCGUGUCGAAACCUUUUAGAGCUUCCAUUGGAGAUGGCUAAUCUAACAAGCCUCAGACACCUAAACAUAACAGGGUGUGAAGCAUUGGCUCACAUGCCUCCGAUGCUCGGAAAAUUGGUCCAACUCCAAACAUUGCCCGUGUAUAUAGUCGGAGAAAGGCCCGGCGAAAGCAUCGCGCAGCUUCAGUUCCUGAAUCUUCGCGACGAGCUGCAUAUAAAGCAAAUGGAGAAUGUUAGAACCCCCGAAGAAGCGAAAAUGGCGAACAUGAGAUCGAAGAAGCAUCUGAGGUCAUUAAAGCUGCAAUGGGGAAGCAGCAAUGUAGCUAUGGAGUCGACGUCCGCGAGGCGAACUACAGCGAUUCGAUCGUUAAGUUUAUCAUUAAAAGAAGAUGAAGACGACGUUGAAAUCAUCCUCAAGAACCUCGAGCCCCAUGUCGAUCUCAAGAACCUCCUUGUCAAAGGGUAUCCCGGGAGAAGAUUCGCCGAGUGGAAACUCCCGAAUCUAACAAAACUCGAGCUGAUCAACUGCCGGCGAUGUCUGUAUCUGCCGAAGCUCGGGCAUCUUCCUUUCCUCGAGAGACUCCAUCUUCAAGGAAUGAAUAACAUCACGCAUAUCGACAAGGCAUUUUACGGUGGAGCUGUCGAACCAUUUCCUUCGCUCAAGUAUUUGGAAAUUCGAGACUUCCCUCACCUUAUUAACUGGUCGAGCCCCGCUGAUGCAGCCCCUUUCGCACACCUCGAAAGCUUGAUCCUCGAAAAAUGCCCCGAGCUUAUAGCUGCGCCAACAUUUCAAUCCAUUCGACAUUUAGCAAUUCAUCAUAGCAACGCGCGAAUCAUGGACUACAUGAAAGGGAUAGCCUCUCUUUCAAGCCUUGUGAUCGACAAUCUCCCUGAGUUGGAACAUCUGUCGGGUAAAUUCCUCGAAAACAACCAUCUGCUCGAGUCUCUGGAGAUUCGACACUGCCAGAAUCUUCACGCUUUGCCUCUUGAACUGGAGAAACUCGUCGCGCUAAAGUCCCUCAUCAUCGUCAGCUGUGAAAAGCUCUCCGAUUUACCACUCGGAAUCCACAAGCUCAAAAGCUUAGAACUGCUAGAAAUCAAUGGCUGCCAUGGCCUCACCUUUCUGCCAAGCCAUGAAACAGAAGGUUUGAGCUCCCUCAAAGCCUUAACCAUCGAGAAUUGCCGGAAACUACGAUCGUUCUCAAGCAAUGUGCGCCGGCUGACGGCACUUGAGCACUUAUCCGUAAUUUGCUGCCCGAAGUUAUAUUCAUUCCCCGAUGGAUUCGAAACACACACAGCUCUUCGGAGUUUAAGCAUCAUAUAUUGUCCUGAGUUGGCUUAUUUGCCGGAGAGUUUGAGAUACGCAACGGCGCUGCAAAGCUUAGUGAUCCACAGCUGCGAAGGCCUGACGGCACUGCCGGAAUGGAUCGGAAGAUUUUCUUGUCUUAGAUCGCUGGCAAUAUCGAACUGCCGGAAUGUGAUAUCGUUGCCGGAUGGAAUACGAUGCCUUACUGCCCUGCAACACAUAUCGAUUCAAGAAUGUCCUCAUCUAGAAGAGCUUUAUGACACAAGGAAAGGAAGAGAGUGGCAAAAAAUUGCACACAUACCUCAUAUUUACAUUGGAUCACCAAAGAACAAUCAAUUAGGUCUUUAGCUGCAUAUAUUGCACAAUUAUAUAUUGCAUAUAAUGAUCUCAAAAGUUCACUGGCUU